AUGAGCCGAUCUUUCUCCUUCGCUAUCAUCGUCUACCUCUUUUUUUAUCAGCAUCUUCUCGCAGCUUCCCAAUUUGAAGGAUUUGAUGCUGAAGACGACGAUGUUUCCGAAGAUUCCUCUGAUCUUCACCACUCUCUCCCUCCACCUACUAUCACCCAGUCUCACUCAUCACUUCCCGAUCCAGAAACAUCUUACUCCGACUCUAACUCCGAUCUCAUCCCUGAAUUAGACCCCGAGCCUCACUCAAAAUCUAAAAUUGCAACACCGUUCGAUUUCUGGGAUGAAGACGAGUUCGAAGGAUUGCCGGUAGAGAUAGCGACGGCACAGAUGCUAGAGUCUCCGUUGAUUGCCGAAAACGCCACAGAGACGGUAGAUCCUGAUAUUGCUUCAAUUGCUCAAGACACUACUGUUCCGAGGAGGAAGAAGAAGAAGUCGUACAUUGUGGAGAUCGGUUGCGUCUUUUUCUUAAUCGCUCUCGGGAUCAACUACUUCGUCGGCAAACAUGAGAACGAGAGGGUCGCUUUAGCUUGGGCGGCGAAAUUCGCUUCCAAGGACACUAUAUUCCAGGAGAAUUUCAGUUUGCUGGGAGUUGGUGAAGGAGAGGACACGCCAUUGUUGCUGAAAGAAGCGCUAAAUGUGUUCAAAUUCUACGCCACCGGACGAAGGUACUGCCAUGGAUUGCUGGCUACGAUGGAGCUCAAGAGCAGACACGAUCUGAUCUCGAGGCUCUUUAACUUGUUGGUGCCUUGUGAAGAUGAGAUCACUUUUGAGGUUUACAUGAACGAAGAGAGCAUGGAUCAUGUCGUGCUUGCGAUGGCGAGGAAGAAGGCGGCGAAAACGAUGCAAAAGGAGGUUAAGGAUCUGCAGAGAUUCGCCGGGAUUGUGUCUCCUCCCGCCGGGAGGAAGUGGGUAUCGGAGGAGCUAGGUGUGAUCUCUGAAUCAAAGGAAGUUGCUGGGGAUAUGAUCACAGACACUGUUCUUGAUCAGGUUUUUGGUGAUAAGGCAAUGGAGAAGUAUCGGAAGAAUUUCAUGUCAAUGCAUAUAUCUGACCAACACCCAGGCAAACACAAGAAGAUGCUGCUUUUCAAGUUUUCCUUGCCCGAUGCUAAACACAUGGAUGAUAUUGUCCGAUUGGUGGCGCUAAUUCCAUAUUACAUCGACUUAGUAGGACGGUACAGACUCAGUUCUCAGGCGCGGAACAAAACUGAGAGUGGUAGGCAAAAGGCAGCAGAGGAAGCGUACAAGGAACUUCAGAACGUGAGGCAAGAGGCGUUGCAGAAGAAGAAAGCAGAGAGGAAGAAAAUGAUGGAGGAAGCGGAAGCAAAGCUGAGCGCGGAAGUGAUAAGGAAGAAAGAGACGAAAGAAAGAGCAAGGCAAGUGAAAAAGGCAAUGCCAAAAGUUAAGAUGAACCGUAGUCACUAG